UAUGUGUGUCUGUGUGUGUGUGGGGGGGUUUGUUGUGUCGAAACGUUGGGGAGCCGGGAGGGUUCGUUUUGUUUUACAUUAAAACAAAAACAAGAAGCAGCAGCAUGAACCUCAACCUGUCAGAUUACGACUCCGACAAUUAUUCCUCGGAUGAAGAUGCAGACUACGUGCCUUCUGGUGAAGACUACAGUGAAGACGAUGUCAGUGAGUUGGUGAAAGAAGAUGAUCUAGACGGAGGACAGGAAAACACCCAAGAGAAGAAGAAGAAGAACAAGAGGAGCAGCAAAGACAUCUCUGCAAGAAAGAGAAAGAAAGGAGGGCUGUCGUUAGAAGGAGAGGAUGGAGGGAGCGAGAGGAGAGAUGAAGCCGACCAGGAGGAGAGUGAAGAGAAGGCUGAUCUGUUGGUAGAGAUAAAGGAGGACAAAGGAAAGAAGAAGGCUGAUGAUCUUUGGGCCAGCUUCCUCAGUGACGUGGGGCAGAAACCCAAAACUGCAGUGCAGCCCCCGUCCCUGGCUACAGGAGCCAGCCCGGGCAGGUCCAGCAAGUCACAAGGAGAAACAAAGGAAGCAGAGAAGCCGAAAGAAUCGUCCAAAGUCACCAUUACAAAAGUGUUUGAUUUUGCGGGAGAGGAGGUCCGGGUGACUAAGGAAGUGGACGCUACUUCUAAAGAAGCCAAGUUCUUCCUGAAGAAACAGCAGGGGGAGGAGAUGGAGCAGCAGAGCCCCCCCAGGCCAGAAUCAUCGGCAGUGCCCACAGCCUCCUCUGGGGGGAAGAGGCCGGCGGGCAUCGGCAGCAUCCUGAACCGCAUCGGAGGGAAGAAGCAGAAGAUGAGCACGCUGGAGAAAUCCAAGCUGGACUGGGACUCCUUCAAGAACGAGGAGGGCAUCGGAGAGGAGCUGGCCACCCACAACCGGGGCAAGGAGGGGUAUGUGGAGAGGAAAGCUUUCCUGGAGCGGGUGGAUCAUCGGCGCUUUGAGCUCGAGAAAAGCCUCCGUCUCAGUAACAUGAAACGAUGACAGUGCGACCCUCCAGCUCGGUAACAUGAAGCGGUGACAGCGCUCCCCUCUCCUCCAGUCGCAGUGAACCCCCCCCCCCCCCCCCCCCCCCCCCCCUCGUCUUUGACGCUAUUUUACCAUUUAGAGCUCAUUUUGUUCGUUACCUGUUAAAGCUCAUUUCGUUUUCAGAGUUCCCCAUCUCUUGACUGAUUGUAAUACUGUAUUGUCAUUGUGCACAUACCACUUUUUAUUUUAUUUAUUUCCUUUUCUUAUUUUCUUUAAUGUAUAUAAAUCCCUAACCUUACACUGUUGCAAGAAUUAAUACUACAGCAUGUCCCAAUUGCUCAGACGGCAGGAGAAGUGCUGCUCAAACCGAUUAUUCGAAUUACAAACCCAAGCAGCUGUUUCUUCACUUGUUUCACUUUGAAUGGUAAGUUAGCCCAGUCAACACCAGUGACCCUCCCCUGAUUGUCAGCACCUGACUUCUGUGGAGACCUCGAUCUGAAUAGUCGGUUCGUGCAGCACUAGCCAGGUGCUUUCUGAUGUCUUCAUAGCUGAGGCUAGUUUGUAGUUUUUUUAAAGUUCAGAGGUGUCCAAUCACGGUCCUUGAGGGCCAUUCCACUCCAGGCUUAACCGCUAAAAUGAGAGAGUUCGCUACUUCAGAGUCUGGAUGGAUGGUUUAAUUGGUUCAGUUAAACAAAGUAGAGCAGAGUUGGAACAAAGACCAGGAGUGGAAGGACCAGCUUUGGACACCCCUGUGCUAAGGUGAAGCCCAGAAAAAAGGUUCCCAGCUGUUCUUUGCUUUCUAGGGAUACAGUGGAGAAAGAGAAUCGGAGACUUUAUUUUUUAUUACAAUUAGAAGAUUGUUUUGUGUGUCCCCUAAAAAUAACUGUGUGUAUCAAUCAGUAUAGCAGUGAAAUAACAGGAUUUCAUUUUCCCCAUUCUGCUCCAUAUGGAUAAUGUUACUGCAUAUUGCUAAAUAAAGCACUUCUUCGAUUUAA